GUUUAAGAGCCAGUGUUAUUUGUGGAAAACUACCAAUUGAACUUGGAGGAAAUGGAAGAGAAUCCGAGAUUAAGGGUGAAGUCAUGGUCAGUGACUUGAUAGAAAGAUGGCCAAACCACCCUGUCUGUGGAUCUGGUUGGGAUGAGAAAGAUGCAAGGGUUGUGUGCCGUCAAUUAGGAUUUCCAUAUAAAAAUGCAUCCGUUUAUUUUAUGGAUUACACUCCUAACGAGUACGAUCUUGACUAUCACGGAGGUGGUUCAUCGAUAACCAAUGUUAAUUGUAAAGGUGAUGAAACGCAUCUUGGAAAAUGUGAUUUCGAUCUGGACUUUUCUCUCGUAGCCGCCCAGGGCCAGUAUGAUCAUCAUUCCUAUUGUACUGAAUACGAACUUCAUCAUAGCUAUGUUGAUUUUGACAUAGAUUUCAAUUUAUGUAACAACAGCAUUGCUGGUGUUAUUUGCAAAUAGCUACAUGUAAUAGGACAAUGCAAAAGUUGAUGAGAUAACAAAAUCGCAUUUUUUGAUUAUUCGACAUAAAUGAAUAAAGAAAUCAACACUGGAAAGCCAUGAAAAAUCCACAUUUUCCGUCAUAUAGAGGGCAGUUCAUACAAGUAUUUAAGAAGACUGGAUGGAACAUUGGCUUGUUGAUCAUUUACUCUGUACUUUUGAUAAAUAGUAAAAAAAAAUAAUAAAACACCAUCAACAUCUUAAGAAUGACGAAUAUUAUACAAAUAGUGACUGCCAUUGAGGUGUAAACUAUUUCCUCUAAAAUGUACUAUUCCUAAAGCCGCAGUCUGAGGGUAUGGUAGAUUUUAGAUGAAAUUCCCAAAGCAAAAUUAUUUACACUAUUGCUCAAAAUUAGGCAGUCACUAUUUGUUUUAUCAUAUACCCAAUAUUGAUUUGUCCCGU